GGGGCGCUUUUCCCCAUGACCGGCGGCUGGCCGGGGGGCCAAGCCUGCCUGCCUUCCGCCCAGAUGGCCCUCGAGGACGUCAACAGCCGAAGGGACAUCCUGCCCGACUACGAGCUGCGUCUCGACCACCGCGACAGCGAGUGUGAACCUGGUGUGGCCACUAAAUUUCUGUAUGAGCUCCUCUACAAUGACCCCAUCAAGAUCAUCCUUUUGCCGGGCUGCAGCAGUGUUUCCACCUUGGUGGCCGAGGCUGCACGCAUGUGGAAUCUCAUUGUGUUGUCCUAUGGCUCCAGCUCACCAGCUCUUUCCAACCGCCAGCGUUUCCCCACCUUUUUCCGCACGCACCCAUCCGCCACGCUGCACAAUCCCACCCGUGUGCAGCUCUUCAAGAAAUGGAGCUGGACGAAGAUUGCCACAAUACAGCAGACCACAGAGGUGUUUACAUCGACUUUGGAUGAUCUGGAGGAACGAGUCAAAGAGGCUGGGAUCGAAAUAACUUUUCGACAGAGCUUCUUCUCUGAUCCUACUGUGCCUGUCAAGAAUCUCAAGCGUCAGGACGCUCGCAUUAUCGUUGGGCUGUUUUACGAGACUGAGGCACGAAAGGUUUUCUGUGAGGUAUAUAAGGAGCGUUUGUUUGGAAAGAAAUAUGUCUGGUUCCUGAUUGGCUGGUAUGCUGACAACUGGUUCCGCAUCAAGGAUGCAAACAUUAAUUGCACGGAAGAAGAGAUGAGGGAGGCGGUGGAGGGACACAUCACCACGGAGAUCGUCAUGCUGAACCCAGAAAACACCCGCAGCAUCUCUAAUAUGACAUCAGAGGAAUUCAUUGAGAAACUGACAAAGCGUGUAGAGAAAUCUCCGGAAGAGACUGGGGGUUUCCAGGAAGCCCCAUUGGCUUAUGAUGCCAUCUGGGCACUAGCCCUUGCGUUGAACAAGACCUCAGCUGAACUGGUAAAGAAAGGGCUGCGUCUUGAAGAUUUCAAUUACAACAACCAAACCAUUACAGACGAGAUCUACCGAGCACUCAACUCUUCAGCUUUUGAGGGGGUCUCGGGACAUGUGGUCUUUGAUGCCAGUGGCUCUCGGAUGGCCUGGACCCUCAUUGAGCAGCUUCAGGAUGGUGUCUAUAAGAAGAUUGGCUAUUAUGACAGCACCAAGGAUAAUCUCUCCUGGUAUAACAAUGACAAGUGGAUUGGUGGUGUCCCACCAGCAGAUUAUACUAAGGUCAUCAUCACCUUCCGGUACCUUUCCCAGAAGCUCUUCAUUUCUGUUUCGGUGCUCUCAAGUUUGGGUAUCCUGUUGGCCAUCAUUUGCUUGGCCUUCAACAUCUACAAUGGGCAUGUCAGAUACAUCCAAAACUCACAGCCAUAUCUCAACAAUAUGACAGCUGUGGGCUGUGCACUGGCCCAGGCAGCUGUCUUCCCACUUGGGUUGGAUGGCCUUCACAUCAGCAGAGACCUCUUCCCUUUUGUUUGCCAGGCUCGGCUUUGGCUCUUGGGUUUGGGUUUUAGCCUUGGCUAUGGCAGCAUGUUCACCAAAAUCUGGUGGGUACAUACCGUCUUCACCAAAAAGGAAGAGAAAAAAGAACGACGGAAGACUUUGGAACCCUGGAAACUCUAUGCCACCGUUGGAUUGCUGGUUGGGCUUGAUUUUGUCAUCUUGGCUAUCUGGCAAAUAGUUAACCCACUGAAACGCACAACAGAGGAAUUUACCAAAGAGGAGCCGAAAAGUGACAUCGACGUGCUGAUCUUACCCAAACUGGAGCACUGCAGUUCGGAAAGGAUGAACACUUGGCUGGGCAUCUUCUACGGCUUCAAAGGGCUGCUCCUGCUUUUAGGCAUCUUCCUGGCCUAUGAGACAAAGGGAGUCUCCACAGAGAAGAUCAAUGACCACCGGGCUGUGGGCAUGGCAAUAUAUAAUGUGGCUGUGCUGUGUCUUAUCACGGCCCCCGUGACCAUGAUCCUCAGCAGUCAACAGGAUGCUGCCUUUGCCUUUGCCUCACUUGCCAUCGUCUUCUCCUCUUAUAUCACCCUGGUUGUGCUGUUUGUGCCCAAGAUGCGGCGUCUUAUCACCCGGGGAGAAUGGCAGUCCGAGCAGCAAGACACCAUGAAAACUGGCUCCUCCACCAACAACAACGAGGAGGAGAAAUCACGGAUGUUGGAGAAGGAGAACCGUGAACUGGAGAAGAUCAUUGCCGAGAAAGAAGAGCGUGUCUCAGAGCUCCAGCAGCAGCUGAAAGAUCGGCAGCAACUCCGUUCCCGGCGGCGCUCCUCCAACUGCGCGGCUGACAACCAUUUCAACAACUCAGCUUCCGCUUCAGCAGCCACUGGCCCCAACCUUUACCAGCCCAGCCUGCCACUUGUCCGUUGCCUGGUGGCUGAGCAGGCUGACAAGCUGGGACGCAACAAUUGUGAUGGGAGCCGUGUCCACCUGCUCUACAAGUGA